GGUGGAUAAGAGGGCUUGGUGGUACGGAGUUGGCGGGAUGUAAAUGAUCGUUGGUGUGAUGCAAAUAAGCGCUGGCGGCCUUUGUUUGAUGUUUUGGCACGGCUGGAGUGCUUCCCAGCGCACGUUGUCGUAGACUUCGAGUUUGUUGAGGAUAUGCGAGACUUUUUCGAACCUCCUGAGGCGGGCCUCCGUUGCGAUCGUCGAAAUGCCGGCUUGUUGAUAUCGCUCCACUAUGUGGUGAUGACAACUGUGGUCCCUAAACUCAUGUUCUUGGCUGGAACAACAAUGUCUUCCCAACCCCCGUCGCUAUCGCGCCUAAAAUGGGGCUCUCACUUUUUUUGGAUAGUGAAUACGGCAUGCAGAAAAUCGGACAUCUCUCGGAGGCUACAAUCGAGACUUCCUUCUCUAGCCAAGCAGAUUGACACCCUCACCAAUGUGGUCAGCGAGACAAAACGGCUUCGCCGAUUGGGAAACAUCGUUUUCGGAUUCGUUUUCAGACUUGCUGGCCAAAUUAGGGUUCAUCAUAUUUGUGUGACCUGAUUCAUCUGCAUGUUCGAAUCUGCAUCACGAAUUGAAGUCCUCGCACACCUGCUUUGACGAGUAUUGGAAAAGCCCUGAACGU